AUUCUUUUUGCUAAACGGGCUAGGAAACAAAAGAGUUCGAGACCGAGUACCCAAGCCCAGUUUGGCUCUUAAAGGGAAAACUUCCCCGUCCUCCCACGGUUCCACCGCAAGAGCUCAUCCAACAUAGCUCGUCACAUUCUAGAAUCUUUAGUGAUUACGUCAUACAUCCUUCAAGCUCAUUACGGGUUUUGCACAAUCAGUAAUAUCCCUUAGCGAAUUACCAUCAAUCAUCUGAAAAAAAUUAAAAAAAUGUUCAAAAAGGCUGUGGAGGCGAAAUCACAACAGCGGUUGUCGGGGGCAGACCGUAAAAAACUGAAACGCUCAAUCAGGGAACGAUUCCCUAAUGCUUCUGAUGCAGAAAUUGAUGUUUUACUGCCCUCAAAGGUGGAAAUAACUGUAACCAAGUACCCUAACCGACUACUUGUGUACGGUCUGGAAGGUGACUGUCCAAUGUUUUAUGAUAUCGACGGACGGGGAUCGGAAAUAUUACCUACAGUUUAUGCCUUAUGGAAGGUUCCAGAUCUGUUGCCUGCUUUUAUGCUGAAAGGGGGAGAGGUUUCUCGAUUUGUUCUUGGUGGGGCUGAUUUGAUGUUCCCUGGCAUCCAAAUUUCUGCUGAAGGUCUUCCCUCAUUUUCUGCUGGUGAGCCAUGGGCUGUCAAAGUUCCUGGCAAUCCCGCUCCUAUAGCUGUAGGCAUUACCACCAUGAGUAGCACAGAAGCAUUGAAGGCUGGUUUGCGUGGAAAGGCACUAAGGAUUAGCCAUUAUUACCGUGACACACUUUGGGAUUCUGCUGAAAAUUGUCAUGUUCCAAAUGUGGGUUUUUAUGAAGAUGCUGUGUUUGAGGACCCUGCUAUAAUUUCUGCUGGCGAGGCUUCUGAUUCACGUGAAGAUGGUUUAUCAAUUGGUCAAAGCAAUGCUGACAACAAUGAUUGUUCAGGGGAUGAUGUUGAUGCUGCUGAUGGCACUCAAUUGCCUCUUGAUUCUGCUUCCACAGAAGAUCCCAUAGUGAAAAAUGAACAGAUCACCUCUGCCAUGGUUGAUUUGCAUGUUACUGAAAACGCUUCUGGCGCUGAGACUAGUGUAGAUGACCAGCAUCCUUUAUCUGUUGAGGGUAUAGAUGCAUUAUUGGACAAGUGCCUUUUGCAAGCUUUGCAUACAACUGUCAAGGAUAAAGAUCUCCCCAUACCUGGAAGUGUAUUAUGGUAACCUGCAGGCACUAAACUUGUUCAUGGUUUACUAUAUGUUUUGUCAUCUCAUAAGAAACUAUCCAAGUGGCUACAAUCUAAAUCUGUUAGUGGACUGAUUUCUGUUAAAGAGGACAAACAUAAAAAGGAGGUGACACUGUUCUCGGUCAACCGCAAGCACCCAGAUUACACAUCUUUCAAGCCAGAGAAGAAGAAAGUCGAAAAAAACGAUCAAUCUGCGAAAAGCAUCGCUAACGAAGGGCAGUCCGGUAAAUUACUUGAGGUUGUGGAGAUUUACAAGCCAAGUUCGCAUGUCAACCCUAUAUUUGCUUCCGUUGAAGCAGACACUGGGAAACUGUAUACUGCCUCAGAAGCUUCCGAAAUCGCCUUCGAGUACAUCGAAAAAGCAAAGCUUGUCAAACCAACAGACAAGUCUAUUGUGGUUUUGGAUGCGGCCCUUUGUGAUGCUUUGUAUAAGGGAGCCAUCAAGAAGGGCACGAUGUAUCCAACUGAAAUUCAUAAGAAGGAUUUGGGGCAAACAUUCAUCAACCGCAUGCAGGCUCAUCAUCUCGUGAUUCGAGGGAGUGAUUCAGUUGUGAGGAAAGGUGCACUCAAGCCGAUACAGAUACUGACUGAAAGAAGGCAAGGGAACAAAAAGGUGACAAAGCUUUCGGGUGUGGAAUCUUUUCUGAUAGAUGCGGAGAUGUUAGCUUCAGAGCUGCAGAAGAAGUUUGCUUGCAGUACGACAGUUUCAGAACUUCCUGGAAAGAAGGGUCUGGAGGUUUUGGUCCAAGGAGGCGUGAUUGAAGAUCUUGCAAGACAUCUGGUUGAUCAAUAUGGGGUUCACAAGAGAUUCAUUGAAGUUUAUGACAAGACCAGAAAAUAGAGCAGCGAGGUUUGAGGGAAACAAUAGAAGAAAAUGUUGCGGGCUGAUCUCUGAAUGAGUGUGUCUCAUCUAAAGGAUAUGGUUCUAUUGAAGAUUAAUACCAGAGUUUUGGAUGUUAUUGUGUGUAUCUAUCAAGCUGAAAGAGAUGUCUGCUACUACUUACUUUCUUUUAAUGCGAAUAUAUGGCGACUGUUUGCUUCGUAUUUAGGAGCCUUCCGAAUUGAUCGGCAUUGUUUUUUUUUUUCAAAACGAUAGAUGAUCGGCAUUAUUCAUUCCUGAGUUUCACUGAAUAUUUGUGGUGCAAAUUAUAACAGUUGAAAACCUUACAGAAUAUUUAUCUGUUUUUGGGUAUGAUCACAAGAU